AUGGAUGUGGUUGCCCUAGAUGACGGAGGCAUUUUUUUCCUAUAUGGAUACGGCGGCACGGGGAAAUCAUUCGUAUGGAAGACAUUAUCAUCGGCAAUCAGAUGCAAAGGAAACAUAGUCUUAAAUGUCGCGUCAAGUGGGAUAGCGUCACUACUACUAACAGGAGGAAGAACAGCCCAUUCGAGAUUUGCAAUACCACUUACACCCAAUGAAGACUCAUUUUGUAACAUCAGUGCAGACAGUCCAUUGGCUGAUUUAAUACAAGAGGCUAAGCUGAUCAUUUGGGACGAGGCACCCAUGAUGCAUAAGCAUUGUUUCGAGGCUUUAGAACGAACAAUGAAAGACAUAAUCCAUGGACCAAACUCAGAAAAACCAUUCGGGGGAAAGGUCAUCGUUUUCGGAGGAGACUUUCGUCAAAGCCUACCGGUCAUUCCAGGAGGAAACAGAGAGGAAUUUGUCAAUGCUUCACUAAACCGUUCAUUUUUAUGGGAUCAUUGCAAGGUCCUCACAUUGACACACAAUAUGCGUUUGGAGACCGACACAAACAAUCAGGACAAAGAUGAUAUAAAAAAAUUUGCAGAUUGGAUAUUGACAUUUGGCGAAGGAACGGCAGGAGGCAACAACGACGGAGCUACAGAAAUUGAGAUACCCAAAGAGCUGCUGAUUAAAUCCAAACAAAAUCAUGUCGAGUCUAUUGUGUCAGCUUAUUUUCCUUCGAUUGCAGAACAUCUUAAUGACAAGGGAUACUUUGAAGACAAGGCAAUUCUGUCAAAGUUCAUUGACGAGUUUGAACAAGCUUUGUACGCGCCAGAAAUCCUAAAUAGGUUCAAAGUUUCAAGGAUACCCAAUCACAAAUUAGUACUAAAGGAAGGCGUGCCCGUGAUGUUACUUCGCAAUAUAGACCAAUCUAACGGGUUAUGCAAUGGGAUGAGAUUGAGGAUAACAAGAUUAGGAAAACAUGUGAUUGAAGCGGAACUAAUAUCUGGCAACAACCUUGGGUACAAAACUUACAUCCCUAGAAUGAAGCUAAUACCGUCAGAUAAAGGAAUACCGUUCAGGUUUCAUCAAAGACAGUUCCCGUUGGUCGUUUCUUUCGCAAUGACAAUCAACAAAAGUCAAGGCCAAUCUUUAUCGACCGUUGGUCUGUAUCUACAACGUCCAGUUAUCACGCACGGACAGUUGUAUGUUGCGAUCUCUCGGGUUAAGUCCGAAAGGGGACUCAAGGUGCUUAUUUGCAACGAAGAUGGGAAGACGAAAAAAACUACCACAAAUGUCGUCUACAAAGAAGUUUUGCAAAAGAUGAAGGCAGAUACAAACUUCUAA